AUAACCAAUGAGCUCAUGAUCCGUACUAAUCUAACUUUUUAAUAAUUAUAUUAAAUUACUGAAAAUGUCUAGUUAGUUAAUUUUUCAUUUUUGUUCAUAACUUUCGGGAACUGAAGUAAUUUAGUUGAAAAGAAUUAUAAUUCUCAGAAGUUACUAUCAUUCUUAUAAAAAAAGAUGUAUACAGAUGAUGGAUGUUGGAUACAAACUAAUGAAGAUGCAUCGGUUCACCUUCGUCCAUCUCCUCAUCACCAUUUUCAUAACCUUUGGAUUACCGAUUCAACUUCAAAACAAUAUUCACCUACUUCAUUUAAUAUUUCAUCGACUUAUUCAUCUAGUUCAUCACCAGUACCAGAUCCUUCAUUUCUUACUGACAACAUAACAAAUACUUCUGUUAUAUUAGACAGUCAAUAUAAUCCAUAUUUCAAUAAUACUGGAAAUUUGCAUGUACCAUAUAGGUACAUGUGGGAUAAAGAAGAUGAUUAUUAUUUAUAUACAUCCAAGUCUUGCUAUUGCGAAUUACAAAAAAACGAACAAAUUUCACAUAGUGAAAUUGAUUCUUUGAAUUAUUAUCAAACUAGAGAAGUUAAUGGAUUUCUUCCUCAUAAAAUAUGUGGUUGUACACCAAAUUAUCCGUCAAUUUGUGAAAUUCACUCUUUAGAUAUAAAUGGAGACAAGUCAAGAAAGAUUACAACAGAUUAUUCAAUUCAAUCAACAAAAAUUUAUGAUUAUCCAGAAUGUAUGGUACCGGAAAAAAGUAAUCAUAACUCGAAUACAUUUAUUGAAGAUACAAAGAAUUCAAGUUGGUUUACUUUUUCUCCAUUACUAUCAAUGAAUUCUAAAUUAGACAAUACAUCUAAUGAAUCAUCCACUAAAUGGCCAUUCAAUAAUUUUACGACGAUAUCAAACGAUGAAUUAUUACUCCCAUCAUCAUCAUCAUCAUCAUUAUCAUCAUCAUCAUCAAAAACUUGUACAGAAAAUUAUUUAACUAAUCAUAAUGAAAUGAAAUUAAAUGAGAAAAAUUUAUUGAAACCUUAUCGAACAAAUGUACUGAAUGAUAAUUUAAUAAGGCGAUCAUUGAUGGAGAAAUCGUCAAUACCAAUGACGAAUUUUGAUAAUAAUGAUAAUAAUAAUAAUGGUGGAAACUUAAUGGCUGCUGCUUCUGCAGCUUUAGCUAAUCUUCAUCGUCGAGGAUCAUUGCAAUUAUGGCAAUUUUUAAUUGCUUUAUUAGAUGAUAAAGAAAGUCAACAUUUAAUAUGUUGGACAGGAAGAAAAUUAGAAUUUAAAUUGAAUGAUCCUGAAGAGGUUGCUCGUUUAUGGGGUAUUCAGAAAAAUCGCCCUGCUAUGAAUUAUGAUAAACUGAGUAGAUCGUUAAGGUACUAUUACGAAAAAGGUAUAAUGCAGAAAGUAUCUGGUGAAAGAUAUGUUUAUCGAUUUGUUUAUGAACCAGAACUGUUAUUUUCUCUAGCAUUUCCCGGUGAAGAGCACUCAAAUCAACAACCUAUUAGCUCUACAACGACAGCCAAAACCAAUACAGAUGAUAAAUCAUUUGGUCAAUUGAGACAACUUACGGAUAAUUCUUUAAGUACACCGUAUAAACUUGGCACAUCCAAUAGUCAAUUUUGUUUCCCUUCAAAUCAUUUUAAUAAUCAGCAGACAGAUAAUAAUACAGAAUGUAUACCUACUAACGAAGAAAAAUUCGGAGUUAAACUUAAGCAUAAUGAUAUAUUGGAAGGAGAAAAUAAGAAUAAUAAUUAUAAACAAAUCCAUGAAACUCCCAGUUCUACUGUAGUUACUAAUGGUAACGAUAAUCAACAAGUUCAAUUACCUAAUAAGUAUGGAUGUGUUAGUGUAUUCUUAAAUGAUGAAGGAAUGUGUUCUAAACAGAACAUAAACAAUAGCAACAUUAUCACACCAAAUCAACACUAUAAUGAAAAUGGCAAAGAUUUCUUAAUGUAUGUAUAUGGAAGUCAAAAUAAUUUCACAGAUAAAUUAAGUGACAACAGUAAUUGGUCUAAAACAGACAGUCUAUUACCAGCAAAUUCCGUAUCCGCAAUCAAUGAAUCUUUAACAUCUCAUAUUGACUGGUUCGAUAAUCUUACAAUACAAAGAGAACAAGAACAACAGUUACCCAUGUUACAUUGUACAAGUUCGGAAAACCAUCACACACUGAAUUAUUCAUCAAAUCUUUCAAACUAUCAUCAAUAUGAUUUAGAACAUUCUUUAUUAUCAUCGCCUAAUGUAUGCAAUGAAAUUGAUAUUUGGUCAGAUAGACAAGACUAUUAUUUAUCUGAAGUAAUAAAUGAAACAUAUAAUAAAGAACAAGAGAAAUUAUUAUCACCAUCUUCAUCGUCAUCAUCAUCAUCACCACCAGUACUUUCAUCACAACUUCCAUUAUCUUCAUCAUCUUUUGUUUCUUCAUUGAAUGAUCGUAAUAAUAUGUUGUCAACUCCACCACCCAUAACAAUUAAUUUACAAAAUAUUUAUGAAAUUAAUUAUGAAUUAUUAAAAACUAAUGAUGAAUUAACAUAUCAUCCAUUUUAAACAUUGAUUUCAUUAUUCAAGAUUCAAUUCUUCAUUUUAUUUUUCUUCUUUUGAACAAGCAUUAAAUCAUAAACAAAGUCAUUUUUCUUUCAGAACAUCAUGUAUAAAUUCAUCAAUGAUAAGAAUUUGUCUUUUUAUAUAAGAACUUUCGUCUAAAUUAGAGUGAAUAAUUUCACAGUAUUUGGGCAUCGAGUUGAUGUGAGACAUUAAAACAGGAAUAAUAUGUAUUUGUAAAAUCUCAGCGAAUGAAUUUGAAGUAAAUCCAACGUUUCGCCAGGCAAUCUAGUCCAAGCUUGAAUUCUUUUCGCUGAGAUUUUACAAAUAUAUUAUUCCUUUUUAAGAAUUUGUCUUGUUUUUUUUUCUAUAUUUAAAUUCCUUACAUGUUUUACAUUUAUUUUAAUAGUAAAUGAUAGUUAUUGGUAAUACUAUCUUCAAUUCUGUGAAUGACAUUGUCAUUUGAAUAUGUAUCAUACUAUUCGAAUUGUUUGUUUAAGGGUAUAUUUCUCCUUGUUGUUGUUGUUGCUGUUGUCACUGUUUAAGAGGAUUAUACAAUGAUAAAAAGUAUAAAUUCCAUUCAAAAUAAAACACUGUGAUUAUUUGUACAACAUUAUUCUGUUCAUAUUAUUUUAAUGCAUACACCUUCACUAAUAAUUAUGGUUUGAUUUGAGGAAAUAUACAUUAUUGUUUAUUGAAUGUUUUUUCAUGUUAAUAGAUUAUUUUGAGAAAAGAAAAACAACAUUUUUGUAAUAUAUCAAUAAACAUAUUUA